AUGAACGCUACUAAGAGAAGCUUUGUAAGUUAUUUCCUUCUAGGACACUCAAGUACACCUAUGUUUUUCAUUGUAUACAUAAUACUAUCAAAUAUAUCGCUUUUUCCGAUUACACCAAUUUCACAAUUGCAACCAAUACAUGAGUAUUAUUCAAGGAAUUUAGCACAGUUGAGUAAAUGUAAUAAUGUAGGAACAGAUAGAAAUAAUUCAAAAAAGAAUUCUCAAAAGGCAGCACAAGUAUCAGCUACGAAUGACUCCGAUAAAAUUCAUAAAUAUAAAAUAUCUCCAGAUAAGGAAAUUGCUAAAUCUAAAAAGCUUAAGGAACUUAUUAAAGAAUGUGAAAAAACGGAUAGUAGUAGUAGUACAAAAGAAGAAUCUUGUGACAGUAGUUAUAUAUGUGAUGCACGCAAUGUCAUUUAUGGAAAUAAAAAGCAAUUAUCAGAAACAGAAAUAGAAAAAAUGAUAAAUGCUUUAGAAAUAUAUCCACAUAAGGAUCAUGUGCGCAAGAUAUGGCUGCAAGUGUGUAAAACAGAAGAAGAUAAAUUUUAUAAUAUUGCAAAUUAUUUUUUUACUUUAUACAUUGAAAUAAAACAUAAAUAUAAAGUAAGAAAAGAAAACUUUAGAAAAAAUGUAUGGAAAAAUUUUCAUGAUAUUGUUAAAAUAAAACUUUCAAGGAAAAGAAAAGCCUUUGACAAACGUCUUAAUGGUUUUAUGAAGGAUGAAUCCUUUUUAAGAGCUGAAUUUAUAGAAUUUACGGAAGAUUAUAAAAAUAUGUGUACUAAGUUAAGAGAAGAACUCUUUAGCAUGUGCCAGGUUGAAAUAGCUCAAGUUAUGCUACAAUUACCAUGGUGGAAAGGUUUUAGGUCAUAG